GAUCUUGCCAACACUCACUACAUAUAUAAAAUGACACCAACCACUGUUGUUGUCGUUAGUAUGUGGUGAAUUGUUAUGCGCGCGUGAAGAUGCUUCUAUCCAAAAUGGAGACGACAUCUUUAAAACUACUUUUCAUUAUUGUCUCAAUGAUUCCCGUCUCUUUGAAUGAUUAUACAAAUUGCUCACUUCCUUUCGGGCGAAUAUCUACCGCUCAAGUGGAACCAAUAAGAUUUGAUGUCACCAUUGAAAUAAUGCCGCAGAGAAAUAUCUUGUUAGGCAAAACCGAUAUCACAAUAAAUGUAAAAAAACCUACGUCGAAUAUAUCUCUGCAUGGACACGAUUUGGAAAUAGAUAUAGCGUGCACAAUGCUUAUGAAACCUAAUGCAAAACCGAGAUGUCAUGAGGAACAUGCUGAACUUAUACUAUGGAAAGUAGUGCAUUGUCCCGAGAGUGGAAUAAUGAUCUUGUUAUUUCAUGAUUACAUAUCCUUUGGGAUUCAUAGUUUACAUAUAGAACACUAUUCUCCUUUGGAUAAAAAUGUAAACAAAAUCAUUUAUCCAUACUCUUGGACAAAUGAAACUAGGUGGAUUGUCACCAACAUGUAUUCAUCAAACGCAAUUAAAAGACUGUUUCCAAACUGGUAUGAUACGGAGAUAGAAGAAUACUUGCAUAUGACAGUGAAAUAUGAUAUAUCAUAUAAGAUCUUCUCGAGUGUACCUGAAUGCAAAUGUGCGCUCGGGCCUGCACGCUAA